AUGUCCAUAACAAUACCAUCUGAAGUUAACAUAGAUGGAUCAACCUUUUAUCAAAUAAAUAUCAAAUUACCACUACGAUCAUAUUCUCUCAAAAAAAGAUAUUCAGAUUUUGAAACUUUAGUCAAUCAAUUAUGUCAUAAUAUAGGUAUAAAUUCAAAAGAUUUUCCAUAUCAAUUACCUGGUAAAAGAAUCAAUUGGUUAAAUAAAAAUAAUAUAAUAGAGGAACGCAAAAUAGGACUAAGUCAAUUUCUCAAUCAAAUAAUUCAAGAUAAAUCAUUACAAAAUGAACCAGAAAUAUUACUGUUUUUACAAUUACCAAAAAAUUUCAAAUUUCAAGAAAGAGCUAAAAUUGAAAAUAAAGAUAAUUGGUAUGAAACAUAUAGAAAUUUAAAAAAUGAUUUAAAUGAAGAAAAUAAUCAAAAUAUUGUUAAAUUAAAAGAAAGAAUUUCAAAAUAUUAUCAACCUUUUAUGAAUGAUUUAAUAAAAUCAAGUAGUGUUACAGAUAAAGAAGAACAAACAAAAAGAAGAAAUUUAAUUUCACAAUUACAAAAUAAAAUAGAUCUGUUAUUAUUGGUAAAACCAGAAGAAACUAAAAAAAUAUCUCGAAUAUUAGGCAAAGAAACAGAAGAAACUUUACCUUUAAAUAAUCAAGAAUUAUUACAACAUCAAAUACAAAUUCAUCAAUCUCAAGAUAAAGAAGUUGAACAACUAAGAAUUUUAAUAGCAAGACAAAAACAAAUUGGAGUUACUAUUAAUCAAGAAGUAGAAGAACAAAAUUAUAUGUUGGACAAAUUUAAUGGAGAAGUUGAAGAUACAACCGAUAAAAUCAAACAAGCAAGAAGAAGAGCUAGGAAGAUUAUAUAA